GUUGGCGCUGCGGGGAAAAUGGCGGCGCUGCUGCCGCGCAUUGAGCGGCUCUCCGCGCGGGUGGUGCGCGUGCUGGGCUGUAACCCGGGCCCCAUGACCCUGCAGGGGACCAACACCUACCUGGUGGGGACCGGGCCCAGAAGGAUCCUUAUUGACACGGGAGAGCCAGCUAUCCCUGAAUAUAUUGGCUGUUUAAAACAGGCACUGACUGAGUUCAGCAUCUCAAUCCAGGAAAUUUUAGUGACACACUGGCACCAUGAUCAUACUGGAGGCAUAUCUGAUAUUUGUAGGAACAUCCACAAUGAUUCUGAAUAUUGCAUAAGUAAGCUUCCACGCACUCCUCAUCGUGAGGAAAUAAUAGAAGGAGAAAAGCUAAAGUAUUCAUAUCUGAAAGAUGGAGAUGUGUUAAAAACUGAGGGAGCCACUCUCAGAGUUUUAUAUACACCUGGGCACACUGAUGAUCAUAUGGCUUUACAUCUAGUGGAAGAAAAUGCUAUAUUUUCUGGUGACUGUAUUCUAGGAGAAGGGACAGCAGUAUUUGAAGACUUGUAUGACUACAUGAAAUCACUGGAAAUGCUGUUGCAAAUGCAAGCUGACUUAAUAUACCCUGGACAUGGCCCAGUAGUACAUGAUGCAUGUGCUAAAAUUCAAGGAUACAUUUCUCACCGAAAUGCACGUGAACAACAAAUCCUAAAUGUUUUGCAGGAGAAUGCUGGAAAAUCAUUUACAUCAAUGGAGCUUCUAAAGAUUGUAUACAAGACAGGAAUAGGCUGUGGUGGGAGAGCCUGUUGUGGGAGGAACAGUUAUGUGAGGAGAGAUGGUUUCAAGGAGAAGCUCCAUUACUUCAGGAAAUUCCUGAAAAUUUACUUAAAGCAGCAGAAAAUAACCUUACCCUUCACUUAAGGAAGUUAGAAAAAGAAGGAAAAGUGUUAAAUGAAAAAUCUCCCAACUUCAGGUGGAAAAGCAGUUUGUAAGUGUUGCAAGAAACAGAAACAAGAUUGAGUACUCUCAAAUAAAUACCUACACACAACCUCUUUAUAUAAAUACAUGAACUUGUAUAUGCAGAACAUUGGAUGGAGAAUUAGAGGAAUCCGAAAGCACUCCGCUGUUACGUAAAAUCAGAACAACGUUUUUGUUAAGAAAAAAAAAUUACAUAAUUCUGCUAUCUUAAAUAAAUUUUAUGUAAUCUAUUGUUA